CUGGUUGUUAACUUCUAACCCUAACCUCACAACAAAAUUUCUGAUGUGUCUGUCAUAUAAUUGCACAGUUAUUGCCACUGAUAUUUUCACCUCAUCAUAACAUUGACUGUGGUGUUUUUGUGCUAGGACCUCCUUGCUGUAGGUUAUGGUGAGACUGACUACAGAAACCAUGGACCAGGCCUGGUGUGCUGCUGGUCUAUUAAGAACCCGACGUGGCCUGAGCGAAUCAUUAACUGUGACAGCGCUGUAACGACUAUGGAUUUCUCAUCCAUCAGCCCUGGGCAGCUGGCUGUGGGAAUGUGUGACGGCAGCAUUGCUAUCCACAAUAUGCAGAGUGCAGAUAAUAAGUCACCUUUCAUCAGCAGCCGUGAAUGUGCCAAAAGACACCUUGGGCCAGUGUGGCAGCUCAGGUGGAACCAACAAGAACUGAGCUUCACUGGAGAGGAGAAGGUUGAAUCUCUGUACUCUGUGGGAGCCGACGGCAGAAUCUGCAAGUGGUUUGUCAUCAAUGGUGGCCUUGACUGUACAGACCUGAUGAAGCUCAAGAAGAUGAAUAACACCCUGAGAAAGACUGAACAGAACAAGCCAGAGAAGACAGCAGAGUGUGUGCUGUCUGUUCUCACCCCUGGUCUGUGCUUUGACUUUCAUCCAAGUGACUCCAACAUCUAUUUGACUGGUACCUGGGAAGGUAACAUCCACAAGUGUUCCUGCUCCAACGGUCACCAGUUUCUGGAAACUUACAGGAAACAUUUUUGUCCUGUGAACUGCAUCACAUGGUGUCCUCUCCAUCCUGAUGUGUUCCUAAGCUGCUCCUCUGACUCCACCAUCCAACUCUGGAAGCAGGACUGCAUUAACCCUUUGUUAAGCUUCACCUCCAACCAGCCGGUGGGUGAAGUCAGGUGGUCUCCAAAGCAUGCCACAGUAUUCAGUGCUGUUAACGAAGGCCAGCUUGAGAUCUGGGACCUGAAUUCCAGCUUCUUGGACCCAGUCAUCGUGCAGCCUGCUGCUCCUGGACUGAAGAUGACGUCCCUUCUGUUUGCAUCCCUCACAGACUGUGUUGUGGUAGGAGACAGUGAUGGCCAGGUGACGGUGUACCAGCUGCAGAACCUCCAUGUUGGAGAGAGCAGCCAGGGAGAUGUUAUUCAAGACCUCCUCCGCUCUGCAUCUCCCAAAGAACUUCAGGAGACUUUGAUGUAGUGGACCCAGAGCACCAUGAUGCAUCUCUAGUUUAAAUGUAUCUACAACUUUGCAGCUACAAGUUAAAUCCAUCCAUCCUUCAUCAAUAGCUUAUCCCUGCUCCAGUAGCCAUUGGGUUGGAGAUGAGGUCCAUCCGGUUGCCAGUCCAUCACAGAAGUGAUUUAGAGAGAUUGAUUAACAGCCUCAUUUUUGUUGGGGAAACUGGAGUACCUGGAGAGAACCAAGGUAUGAACGGAGAGAACCAGCAAACUCCAUCCAGACUCCAGGUCAAGAUUUGAACCCAAGACUUUCUUGCUGCAAGGCAACAAUACAACCAACUGCUCCAGAACAUAAACCACAGUAGCAAUUUCACUGAAACAAGCUGCUUCUGGUGAAUGCGAGUCAUUCAGGCUGCAACAGCAUCUUAACUGGUCAAAUUCAGAUGCAUUACUAAUGUAAAUUAUUUUAUUAUAAUUAUUAUCAUAAUCUCAGUAUUUAACCUGCUGAUCAUGGUUCAGAGCUACCAAGGAAAACAAACUGAUUCUAAUCUCAGGUUAACUGGUGCAUCUCUAAUAGUUAUUAUCUUGUUCAGUGAUUUAUUAGCCAACAAUGUUGAGCCAGUACAGUCUUUGAUUUGGUCAGCAUGGUGAUAUAAAUGAAAUCUUUAAUAAAAAAAUGUAAUAUAUAGCAGCCAAUCUCGAGCCUGGUUCUGUUGGACAUUUCUCUCCACUGUUGUCCUGAGCUUUUCCUCAGGAAGAGAGAGGCUGUAGAAGGGACGAUUCAGAGCAACCUGCUGGCUUUCUGACUGGAAACUUUAAAAAAGUGUCACUUUAUGAUCAGCUGGGUCUGUCUGUUUUGUAUUAGAACUGGACUGGAAUAACAUGCAUGUUAUAAAAUGUAAUUUUGAUGGUGACAUCUUCUCAGAGCAUUCAUUUUACAAGCAUGAUCACUAGAAAAGAGUAUUUGUGUAGAUUACAGCCUGUACACACCUGAACAAUUCUGAGCAACAACUAAUCACUAAAUGGUAUCACAGUUACAACAGAUGAAUUCUCACAUUAUGUCAGCCUUUAUUCUUCAUUUAAGGAUGAAAACUCUGCAACACUGUCAGGAACAAACCAUACAUCAAGAAGAUCAUUUAAGAGAAAAACUACUGUUUAAAUAAUGCGUUCUGUAAACUCCAUCAAAGGUCAUCGUUGACCUCUGAUCGAGCUCACCAUCAUCGUAACAGUUCUGAAAUAAAAAUAUAAUUUGCAUAACAAGAUUAGAGAUUAGCAAAAAAAAUAAAAAAAAAUAAAAAAAAUAAAACAAAUAGAAUUCAUUUAAUACUUAAAAAUGUUUUGGGAUAAAAAUCCCCCCAAACAUUUAUGAUGAUAGAAAGUAUUGGUGUUUUGUUUUGUUGAAUAAAAUGUGUGUUUCUUCUUAUCAGGAGUGUUAUCUAAUGUUUGAUGUCAAUUCAUGUUGUAUGUUCUGAACUAACAUGUUUCAUUUAUAUGAAGCCUCAAAUAAUAAAGUUGUUUCCUGUUUCUUCAUUGUCUUGGUUUUUUUGUUGUUGUUUUUUUUAACAUCCAUAUGAAUUUAUCAUUAUACUCUAAGCCUGUUAAUUUUAACAUGAGAAAGAAAAGCUUUAAAUUGGUCAUCACAAUACAGGAUACAACACUGAGUUAUUUUCUCCAUAUGCUUUUAAAUUUUAAAUAUUAGAUUUACUUCCAGUUAGAGGAGGGCAUUUAUCGUAUUGUCAUAUUGUAUUUAUUGUGAUAAAUUUCUUAUAAGGAUUUUGAUUUAUUGUUGCCAAAAUAAAUUCCAAUUAAUGUUUAAAAAAACAAAACUGUCUAUAUUGUUGGGAUUAUUACUUUUGCUAUUUUCUCCACUGUUUGCUCAAUGAGACAUUCUAACAAGUGUUUUAGCAUCAUCCUACAUAAAAAA